AUGGCCGAGCCAACAGCUAUAUCGGUCAUUAUUGAGCCGCUGUCCCUCAUCUUCGGCUUUGCCUAUUCAGCCGUGACAAGCAUUCACUACAAGUGGUGGAUCUUGCACAUAGCAACCGUUGUCGCGUUCCCAUUCCAGCUUCUCCUGAUACCACUGCGCAUAGUCACGUCGGUGCUGUCAGUGGUGUUCGCGCCAUUUCUAUAUCUGUGUUAUAGCUUUGUCGCGCUCGUGAGCACCUUGUGGACAUGGCUUGCUAGCCUCGAGGUGGUCACCGCCGCUACAAUAGGAGUAUCUGCUGGUGUCGUGCUGGCCUUGGUGUCCAACUUUGUCUCGACCAAGCUCAGCAUCCAGGAUUCGCCGUAUGACGAUGCGGCAGACGACAGUGAGGGCGAGGAAAGCAGUCCUCUGCCAAAGCGCCGUUUCCUCUCCGACAGAGGUGACUCGGAUGAAACAGAAUGGCCGUGGCUGGAGACGUCCACAUCUCCCGUCCGCCGGAAGCGUGCAUCUGGUUUGCUGUCACAGACGAUUCAUGAGGAAGAUGACUCUUCAGGUGCUUAA